AUGUCCCUUUGCAUCUGCCCCAUUGCUGCUGCGCAGAUCAGGGGUCUGCUGAAGCCAGGAAGGCUCUUUUUCCUGGGGCUCCCAGUGGGAAACGACACGCUGGUGUUCAAUGCGCAUCGGGUGUACGGUCCCAUCCGCAUGCCGCUCCUGCUCGAGGGAUGGGAGCUGCUGGACGUGUUUGGGGUGUCCAGCCUCGAAGCAACUUACAGGGAGAAUCUGGAUAAGGCCAACAUACAGCCUGUCAUGUUCAAGAUCGCGCUGUGCCAGCUGGCGUUCAAGAUCGCGCUGUGCCAGCUGGCGGUGGGUGCUGACAAGGCGCGCAACAUCGCGCACGCGAGAGACAUGAUUGGCCGCGCUGCGGACGAGGGUGCUAAGCUGGUGCUGCUGCCGGAAAUGUGGAACUGCCCUUAUUCCAACGAAAACUUCCCCACCUAUGCCGAGGAAAUUUCCCCGGAAGAUUCCUUCGCCUCGUCUCCCUCCGCUGCGAUGCUCGCUGACGUGGCGGGGCGGCGCGGCGUGACUAUAGUGGGGGGUUCGAUUCCCGAGAGGAGGGAGGGGCGGCUGUAUAACACGUGCCUUGUGUUUGGCAGCAAGGGGGAGUUGAAGGGGCGGUUCAGCAAGCUGCACCUAUUUGACAUUGACAUCCCAGGGAAGAUCACAUUCAAGGAGUCUGACACGCUCACACGUGGCGAGCAGCCAUUGGUCGUUGACACAGAUGUGGCACGAGUGGCGGUUGGCAUAUGCUACGACAUUCGCUUCCCUGAGCUUGCCAUGCUCUAUGCCGCUCGAGGCGCACAAAUCAUAUGCUACCCGGGUGCUUUCAACAUGACCACUGGUCCUUUGCACUGGCAGCUGCUGCAGCAGGCUAGGGCCGUGGACAAUCAGUUAUUUGUUGCCACGUGUUCACCUGCCCGGGAUGACUCAGCGUCGUACCGAGCUUGGGGUCACUCCACCCUCGUUGGACCAUUUGGGGAAAUAGUGGCAACAACAGAGCAUGAGGAGGCGCUGGUGGUAGCUGAGGUGGAUCUGACUCAGAUUGACACGCGCAGGCAAAACAUGCCCAUCAAGGUUCUCCCUAUAAGCUGCUUCGAGACUGGACACCCCAAACACGUCCAGCAGCUCCCAUCCCUCGAGCAGCAGCGGCAUGCGGAUGGGACCGUACACCCGAUGCGCAUUGAACACCAGCGUGUCGUUUCCCACUGGGAGCCCCAGGAAGAAGAGCCCUCCUGGCUUCAGCAGGCCCCUGAUCUGCGCAGCAGCAAGGGGAGGAGGGGAUGA